AUGCCAUUUUUCUUUUUGUCGUCUGAAUCACUAUCAUCGUCUUUUGCUUUACUUGAUUUAAUAUUUUGUUUAGAAUCUUUCUUAGUUUUCAUAGAAUCUUUUUUAGAAUCCGUUUUAGACUUUUUAGAAUCAUUUUUUGUUUGUUUAGAAUCUUUUGCUUUAAGAUUGUUAUUAAAGGUUCCUGAUUGUAAAUCAAAAGUUUUUAAACUAUUUAUAACUGAUUCGGGUAUCUUUUGA